UUGAAAGUUUAAAUAAAAUCUACAGUUCCCGAGACGCGAGUUGGGGAAGGUGGUGUAGUGUGCAAAAUUGCAGUGUAAAAGUGUAUACUGUUUGCUAAUAUUCGUCAACAAGGCGAAGAGCAAUACAGUUUAAAAAUAAAACGUGUUUCCUUUGUAUUCACCUACUAAUGUUUUGAAAGUAUUGUUGUGGAUGUAGCUCAAUAUCAAACCUGUGAUAUAUUAAUUAGGCAUCAUUUUUCAAAUAACGAAAUAAAAAUGACUCUAACUAUGACGAAAAAAGUUAGCGAGUGUCAAGAGGAAACAGUGCAAUUCAUGCCAAUAGAAAAGGUAAAUCAGAUACAAGAUAAUGAAUGCUGUGGAAACACAUUAUUAAGACGAGGUAAAAAAUUACAAGAGAACAAUAAUGUGACCAAGGAGGACAUUGAAUAUUUGAAUUAUAGGCAAUUGUUAAAAUAUGAGGAAGCCCCAGAAUACAUAAAACAUAACCCAUACAUAAGAGAUGGAUAUAGAAAACUGUUACCUACAAGAUUAUGUUGGGAAAGUAUAUUCUGGUGGACAAAUGAAACAAUGAAUAUCUGGACACAUAUAUUUGGAUUCUUUCUCCUGCUCUCCCUCACAAUCAAUGAUCUAGCUAUCAUCAACAUUCAUGCAACAUUGACAGACAGGACUGUCGCUGCAAUACUGUUCUCGUGUUUUCUGGUAUGCAUGGCACUUUCGGCGCUAUACCACACCUUCUCCUGCCGAUCUGAACACGACUACAACACAUUCCUCAUGUACGAUCUUUUCGGCAUCGCUCUAUCUCUCCUGGCGAUCUACACCUCUGGCGUCUAUUACGCAUUCUGGUGUCACCACGAGCUGAAGACGUUUUACAUGGUGUCGGUGACGCUGAUCUUCGGUGUGGCGAUGGCGCUACAGGUGCCGCGGUUCCAGGUGCCGUACAUAGUCAAGAUGUGCGUGUUCAUCGGCUGGGCUGCGUACGGCGUGCUGCCCACGCUGCACUGGACAUACGUGAUGGGCGGCUUCGACAACCCUAUGGUGCAGCUCUUCUUUCCCCGAGUAAUCGGCAUGUACGUCAUCAGUGGAACUGCCUUCGCUAUUUACGCUUUCAAGGUACCAGAGCGGUGGUUCCCGGGCAAGGUGGACUACAUCGGCCACUCGCACCAAUGGUGGCACGUGCUAGUGCUGGGCGCGCUCUACUACUGGCACAACUCCGCCAUGCUCUACGUCCAGUACCGCAUGAACCACGGCUGCGCCAACACAAUGCGGAUAUUCUAGAUCCUUCCAUCGUUGAAUGACCUAGAAUGUCCACAGAACAUCGUAGAGUAAGGCUAUAAUGUCUACAGAACAUCGUAGAGUAAGCUAGAACGUCUACAGAACAUCGUAGAGUAAGCUAAAAUGUCUACAGAACAUCGUAGAGUUAGCUAAAAUGUCUACAGAACAUCGUAGAGUAAGCUAUAAUGUCUACAGAACAUCGUAGAGUAAGCUAGAAUGUCUACAGAACAUCGUAGAGUAAGCUAGAAUGUCCACGGAACAUUGCAGAGUAAGCUAAAAUGUCUACAAAGAGCAUCUAAUAACUAGAUACUUGGACUGCUGUACAAGCUAAAUAUUUAUAAAUAACAUGGCUAGGAAACUCGUCUCGAAAACUGUAAAGGCUAAAAUAUUGUAAAAUAACUAGAAUACUGUGACUGACACAACAAGUCGCCUUGGCCACUAUACUGGCCAAGUAUUAUAAUGGUAGCUAACUUAAUUAUUAAAAGUCUGAGUAUUCUAACUCGAUACAAUACUUUCUACCUAGUUUCAAAAUUUUAUCUUAUACAUGUCUUAUACAAUUUUACUUAUAUGUAGAUAAAAACAUUAUACAUACAAUUUAACAAGAAGUCUUAUCUUUUGCUUUUUUCGUCUUCUUUUAUUUUAUCUUCUUCUUAUAUAUUUUUAUGUGUUAUAUUUGUCUACACUGCCUUUCUUAUCGCCUCUCUAUUUUACUCUCAUUUAUUAUUUUAUUAUUUUACAAUUUAACAAUAUUUAAGGUACAUACUUUGAUUAGAAUAGAAAUUCCUAGACAAUUUUUAUUAGGUCACAAAUGCUCAAACAAAGAUCUUAUUAUUCAAU